AUUUCCCACCGCUCCUGAAGGCAGCAAGAUGCGUCCGGUCAGCGCGCGCUGCAGCCGUUAGUGUUUUAGUAGUAAAACACCAUGUAAAGAUGGCGGAGCUACAGAUGCUGCUGGAGGAGGAAAUUCCUGCGGGACGGAGAGCGUUACUGGACAGCUUCACCAACCUGGAGAGAGUGGCAGAGUACUGCGAGAGCAACUAUGUCCAGUCUGCAGACAAGCAGCGAGCGCUGGAGGAGACGAAGAGCUACACCACCCAGUCCCUGGCCAGCGUCGCCUACCUCAUCAACACGUUGGCCAACAACGUGCUGCAGAUGCUGGACAUCCAGGCCUCGCAGCUCCGCCGCAUGGAGAGCUCCGUCAACCACAUCUCACAGACUGUUGACAUUCACAAAGAGAAGGUGGCGAGGCGGGAGAUUGGCAUCUUGACCACCAACAAGAACACGUCACGCUCGCAUAAAAUAGUUGCUCCGGCAAAUCCCGAGAGACCGGUGCGCUACAUCAGGAAGCCCAUCGACUACAGCGUGCUGGAUGACAUUGGACAUGGAGUCAAGUGGUUGUUGAGGUUCAAGGUGAACGGCCAGCAGAACAUGAAACUAGGAGGGGGUCUGUCCCGGUCCAACCCCCCCACCCAGAAACCGCCCAGCCCCCCGAGGGCAGGCAAGGGCAUCUUAGGGAAGAACUCCCCCUACAGGACCUUGGAACCAGUGCGCCCCCCUGUGGUGCCCAACGAUUAUGUCUCCAGCCCCACCAGAAACAAUAUGGCCACGGGGCAGCUCCCCAGUCCGGCGCGCACCGCCACCCUCAACCAUCGACCCCGCACAUACAGUGGCAGCAGUGGAGGCAGUCAUCCCAGCAGCAGCAGUCGAAGCAGCAGCAGGGAAAACAGCGGCAGUGGCUGUGUGGGAGUUCCCAUCGCCGUGCCGACACCCUCCCCACCCUCCACCUUCCCAGUUUCCCCGACUGCUGGACCAGCUAGCUCCUCAUCCACUGCUCCUAACUCCUCCCCUUCCCCCUCCCCAACUCCCUCCUCCUUCUCCUCCUCCUCCUCCACCACAACCUUAACACAACCCAACGCACCCUUGCCACCAAACUCACCCUCUCACCCUGCUGACUCCCCUCCUCAAUCAAACUCGCAAUCGAAUGCACCACCACCCGCCACCGUCUCCUCCCCGUCCUCUAACCCCGCCUCCAGCACAUCUGAGACCCAGUUGGGUGUUUUGCCUGGAGAAGUGUCUCCUCUCCUUCCUCCUGCCCUUCCUCCUCUUUCCUCCUCCUCCUCUUCCUCAUCACCUGCUGAAGGUCCUAUUGUCCCUCAGUUCUACAGUAUGAACCGGCCUCAGCCACGACAGCAGACUCCACAGGUGGGGGGGUCACUGCCAUACCGCCGCCCCCCCUCUGUGACCGGUCAGCCAAUUGUAACACAGAACCAAGUCAACGGAGGUCCCUACUACAACCAAAGCCCAGCCUCCCCACCACCCCCAUCCCUCCUCCAGUUCACCCCCCAACUCCCUCUGAUGGGUUUUGUUGCGCGAGUCCAGGAGUCCAUUUCAGAUGCUCCCCCUCCUCCCCCUCACCCAGAUGCCAAUCCUGAAAACCAGUCAGGGCCUGAGGAGCCCCUGCCUACUCCUCAGCCACUGGAAGAUGGACAUGAAGAGGAGGACUCAGCAGUAGUGGAGUACAAUGACCCGUACGCUGAGGAAGACCCACCGUGGGCCCCCAGGAGCUACCUGGAGAAAGUGGUGGCCAUCUACGACUACACAGCUGACAAAGAGGAUGAGCUAUCGUUCCAGGAAGGAGCUAUCAUCUACGUCAUCAAAAAGAACGAGGAUGGGUGGUUCGAAGGGGUGAUGAAUGCGACCACGGGUCUGUUCCCCGGAAACUACGUCGAGUCCAUCAUGCACUACGCCGACUGAUAGAAAAGACGAAGAACGUUGUUGUUGUCUUGUCUGUUCAGUCCUCUGUUGUCUCACAGCUCCAGUUCAGUGUCUUGGAGCUGAGCUAGAAGGGAAGAACUGACUUGCAUCCAUUUUGUUUUUGGUUCCUUUAGAUCCUUACUAACCAAUCACAAGCAAACCUGAGCUUGUAAACAAAAAAAAUCAUCGGUUCACUAACAUUUUAUCGGGAGUAUACGAGAGAAUCUGAUUCUCACUCCUGUAGGUGACGUUUGUUCUGCUGUCUGAGCUACAUCCCUCUCUUUCUACCCCCACAGGACUGAGAGGCGUCUUCAGUGUCAUCGUGUGACCAGUGUUGAUGAGUUUGGUGUGAAGGUUCACAAACGUUUCUUUGACCAAAAAAUGAAGAUGUGUUUUUAGUUUUCUUGUGAUCACAAAAAAAUUAUUUCAAUACUCAACAUACCAAGUUUGUUUUCUUGUAAUCACAAAAUAAUUUUCUUGAUGCUCAGUGACAGUUAGCAUUAAAAUAAAUCACGCUCCCUUUUCACAUUACCACAGUUUUGCUAAAAAUGGAAAAGUUUUUUCUUUGCAUUUUAAAAAAGUUCAUUCGACAGUGUUGUGAAAACAAUGACUGGUCACAUCUGCAAAAACAAUUGAAAACGCAGUAGUAUGCAGCCUUGCCAGUAGAUGGCGAUGUAACUUGAUGGUCUGCAGCACAAACAUAGAUUGAUAGUCCACUAUUGGUGUUUUCCUGUGAUGGGGCAGCAUCGUCACAGUUUUCCCAUUAACUGCAUGUUGCCAGUUUCAGUUACAGAUCAUAGCUAAUUCACCUGUUUCUAAUGAAGCAGUUUUGUUGUUAAGAGACACUGAAAAUACAAAAGUAAGUAGUUUGUCUCUUUCUUGAUGGAAGAGGCCAUGAAGUUGUUUUUUUCUCCUUUGUCAAGAUGGAACAGAAACAGGAAAACAGGUCUUGUUAUGUUCAGGUCAUUGAUUCUUUUGUGAGCACCAGAAAACAAUGCAUUGAAUUUAACUACUUGUACACUACAAUAUGUCCACUCUGGGCUUCUGUAGCUCACUUCACAUUAUUUCUUCUCUCUGCCCUCCUCUCACCCCAACCCACAACAGAAGACAGUCUUUCCCCUGAGGUGAAGACUGAGAUUAUUUUUAGUAUUAACCAUGUGAUAAUCCCAGAUUUUAAAAACACAGACUGAGAGGAAGCUGUGCAAAAUCUACCCUUGCCCUAAACACUGAAUCCACAAACAUUCUUCCCCCAUUUUUUCUUUCCAUUCUCUGAAACACUUUGAAUAUCCUGCCUUGGCCAUACUUUUGACUCAUGACAUCGGCCAAUCAAGAAAAAUUGCACUUAACACUUUACACUCUACUUAAUCACACUAAUACUUAAAGGGUAACUCUACUGAAGUGGACGAUUGUCCUGCACCGAUUCCAAAGAUUUUUGUGCCUAUUAAUAAUUUACUCCCAAAACAUGGAGAAUAAAGCCCAGGUUCAAAAAUACCAGUUAUCCUUCAAGUGUGGUUUACUGAUUAUCAAAAGUGAUGAUUUAUUGGAUAUUUAGAGCCCCCUAGUGACAAAAUAUUUGCAAAGGCAGGUCUAGCAUUUUGUCAUUUGUGGAUGAAACAGGCUUUAAAGUUAUAAUCCUUCAGAUUUCAGUCCUGGUGGUUUAAUACCAGUCAGAAAUGCCAAUAAGAUAAAGGUCAGUCACAAACAUUGUCAGAUUUUUAAUGAAGUUCUGAGAUAAUAUGAGAGUAUUAAUUAUUGUAGAACUUGUAUGACAAGGUUUUAGUACCAGAUACUAAGCUGUGUAAAUAUACACAUCCCUUCAAAAGUACUUUGAACAGAGUCUAGAACCAGCUGUUUCCUUCAGUCCUGGACAAAGUGCUUAUUUCAAACUGCAGAUUUUCACUUUUACAGUCUCACCUCAUCUCUUCGUCCUUGUUCUCCUGUUCUCGUCGUUAUAACAGAAGCAAUCAACCAGACUCUGUUUAGGUUUCUGAUACUGUAGCAGAGCUGGAGCAUUAAGUGGCCAGUCGAUGUCUAACUAACGACGACUAAACUGACCACAACACCUACACACUAUGACACCAGACGAGUGUUUGAACCAGUUUAUUUUCAGAUGUGUCCAACUCCUUGCUCCUUUGCCCUUCGCCAUGACGAAUACCGCCAACCUUCCUAUUUUCUGAAGAGCCUUAUAUUCAUUUUUUUUGUCCAUGAAUUAAAAAGACAUGCUGAGGACUCAGAGAGAGGAAGGAAGGAAUCAAACUGCAAUUGAAGAACGACAAUAACAAAGUUUUCAUUUGUAGAUAAAGUGGAAACUGUCCUGUGUUUUUGCCGAGCCAUAAACUUUGUUAUCGUCACUCGUCCCUCUCUGAUGUGAAGUCUGUACAUUGAGCCUCUUUGUGUGUUUUCUAGUGGCUGAAAAGUGCCUGUUAGUUUAGUGCAGAUGAGUCUUCUUGCCACAAGGAAAGAAGCAAAGGAAACAGAGUCACCUGAAUGCACCAGGUGACCAGUCUAGGGAGGAAGACCUUUUAAAGUUCAGGUGUUUUUCCUCCAGCCUGGGUCUUAUAGUUAGGACUUGUCAUAAAAAGUCUUAAAGGCAUGAAACCAAACAAAGAUGAAGUCUCAGCCUCUUCAACACUAAAACUCCUCUGAAACCCCAAAUACGGACAUUAAUUUUGCAAAAUCAUACAGUUUGGGUCGGGUUAAGACAGUCCUCUAAAGAUUCAUUCCAAACUUCUUUAGGAAAUUGAACUAUUUAACAUUAAUUCACAUAUAUUUGAAGUUCUCUGUUUGAUGUUUGAUCCUGGUUUUGGUUUUCCUGCCUCAGAACGUCCUGUAGUCGUGUUGUGAAGUGGACCUAAUGGAAAACACCUGGUGGAGAUUUUUUUGGACUUGUUGCCAGUUUUGAAGUUUACAGUGUGUUUGCCUGCAUGCCUGACAUAUAACUUACAUUUUUAUUCAGUGUUUUUAUAUUCUUUUUCUUUUUUGUCACCAACUUGCUUUAUUCUCUCUGUUUGAUCAGCUGAUGUUUUCAUUAUUAUUAUUAUUAUUAUUUUGAUUGUAAUGGCCCUUUAAGAUGCAGGCGACUAUUAGUGCCAUAUAUCAGUGUGUUGUGGUGUGACUGCAGGUGUGUGUGUGUGAACCAGUAUGAACCAAACCUUCCCUCGUGGACUCUUGUUGACUGAAGUGACCAUGGACCUGAAAACAGUGUUUCCUUGUUGUACAGUGUUUAUUUAAGUUUGACCUCAAAAACCAGAGUACACCACGUUAAUGCUCCUGUUGCGCGAGUGGAUAGAGCAGCGUUAUGCCCACACUAAUAUGUUUUAGUUUUAAAACUCAUCACCGUUGCUGCUGUUACACCUGGUUUCAGCACUACUCUGGAGUUUUCAAGUCUCUAAGACAGAGACUUUUGGAAACAUUGCUGGGCCUGUUCUUAUCAGUUAUGACCUGAUUGGUCACGCUCUCAACUGCCAGUGAUGGACUUUGCUAGCAGGUAUAAAAUUUGUAUAAAAUUUGUUUGUCUUGCUGUUCCUUGUUGGUAGUAUUUUCUGCAAUUAAACAACCAACUGCAGAGUAAACAAUCUACUUCCUGUUUACACCGACAUGGACAUUCCCAGUGUACCUGAAUGGUCAUUGAAUGGUCACGUGAUAUUCAUUUUCAGGCGCGUUAGUAACAGAGCAGAUUACUUCUGAUACGGAGCUGUUUUAAAAUGAAAACACAUUAGUGUUUCCACACUUGUUGACAUUUUCAGUCUGGACUUUCAGAGUAAGAGAACCACAUCCCCUCUGUUAAAAGCUCUCACUGGCUUGGUUGUUUUCAGAACCAGGGAAACUGGGAUCAACGAGUUUGCCAACUUGUGACGCUCAAGUUACAGGUCUGUUUCUGGUCACCUGGAUCUGCAGGCUCUUGACCAGCUUUGGCGUACUCUGGUUUUUGUUUUGCCUGCAACAUCCCUUUAACCAGUGUUCGCUGAGAGAUGAGAUGAUGAGUGAAACGUGGGCGGACGGCUUCUCUGAGGCUGAUUUUUAUCAGGAAUCUGCUUCAUCUUUCUCCCUGCAGAUGAUAGUCCUGAAAACCAGCUUCAUUCUGGAUCUGGUUCCAAAGUUAGCAAAUCACACAAAACAUGAGAUAUUUCUCUUCCAGUUAUUCUAUUCUUCAUAUUUGCUAUUUAGGAUAUUAUUCAUACAAGUCUUUAAUGAGGUAAAGAAGGUGGCCCUGGUCAGUGUUGGCACAUGAACCAAAUGUGUCUUUAAUUAUUCCCGUUUUCCAGAAACAGAAAACUCAAGAGACGACCUAAACAAUGAAGCAUUUCCAUAAAAGUUAAUAUAUUUAGACUCAUGUAAACCUGCUACUCGUCAGAUGAGCUGUACUUUCCUUUUUAGAUCUUCUUCCCUCUCUCAACAUAUUAAUCUGAUCCUCGGUCAGCUCCACAGCACAUUCCUGUUAGAACAUGACGCCUGGAGAAGCUCUCUGUUGAUCUUUUGUAAGAAAGAAGUAAAGUGAAAAUUACUGAGUAAAUGUUUUAACAGCC